AUGGCCAACCUGAAGGAUCUGGAGACCACAGCAAAGGAAGUGCUGGGGAGACUGAAGAGCAACCAACUGUUCGAGUCCAAGUCAGACACCGCUUACUUCAUCAUCUUCCUCAUUGCCCUGGGCACUAUAUUGCUCCUGCUGCUGCUUGUUUGCCUCAACUGCUGCUGCAGCCCCUGCUGCUGCUACUUCAGCAGCAUGACUGACACCAGGAAACCUUAA